AUGCCAGCUGUCCUGCUGACUGCUCUCCUAGCUUUGGUCUUAGUGCCCAGGACCCAGGCAGUGUGGCUGGGGAGGCUGGACCCCCAGCAGCUGCUGGGGCCCUGGUAUGUUCUUGCCGUGGCCUCAGGCGAGAAGGGCUUUGCGCUGGAGAAGGCCACGAAGAACAUCGAGGGCGUUGUGGUGACCCUGACCUCAGAAAACCACCUGAGAAUGCUGUCCUCCAGGCACCGGCUGGAGAGGUGUGACGUGAACGUGGUAGAGCUGCUGAGACAGAAGCCCGGAUGGGCGUUUGAGAACCCCUCCCUGGGCGUGUUGGACUACCGGGUGCUAGGCACCAACUUCAGGGACUACGCCAUUGUGUUCACGCAGCUGGAGUUCAAGGACGAGGCCUUCAGCACCGUGGAGCUGUACAGCCGGACGGACCUGGCCAGCCAGGAGGCCAUGCGCCGCUUUGCCAGAUGGAGCAAGGGUCUGGGCUUCCUGUCCCAGCAGCAGGCCGUGCUGCAGCAGGACCGGAGUUAG